GACGCACGAGGGACGUUUCCGGGGGUUCCUCGAGUUGCGGCGGUCAGAUGCUCGAGUUGCGACGGAGCCCGGCCUCUUGGGGGGAGGGGGGACGCGAGACGCGUGUCUGCGGGUUGUCGGGAUCCGCUCCGCUCACGCUUUCCCCCUCCGCUUUCGGGGCCCCCCAGGAGCAGCUCGAGAUGGAGACGCGGAUGCGCGACGGGCUCCGCAAACUGCUGGCCGCCAGCACCAGCCGGGACCAAGCCCUGCGCGCCGCCAAGGCUCUGGCCCUCUGCAACGGCCGCCUGCGGGGCCUCCGCGCGGAGUUCCGACGGCGGAGCGAGGAGUCGGCGGGACGAGGUUCAGAUGUUGCAGCUAAAGAUCGUGAAGCCUGUAGAGGGAAGGUUGGCAUUUCAGAUCUGCGAAUUCCGUUGAUGUGGAAAAAUUCCCAUCAUUUCAACAGCAAAGACAGAUCCGAACGUUACUCGGUUUUUUGCUUAUUCAAAAUGGGAGCUCAGGUGUAUGAUUCAGACCUGCUUAUUGUGGAUAAGGCAGCAACGGACAUCUGUUUAGAAAAUGCAACAAUAUUCGAGGGAGCUGGGCCAGACUUCCAGCUGAAGGUGGAGGUGUACAGUUGCUGCUGUGGGGAAGACCCUUUGACCUUCACCAACACCCCCAGGAAGCUGGUGAAGAAAUUGAAGAACUCCCUGGGAAAAAGCACCGGCAAGAAAUUCAGCUCUGCUUUGGACCAGAGUGAUGUUGAGACUCUCCUGCUCACUGAAACAGCCACACAUGGCGUGAAUUACAGCUUGCUGGCCUCUGCCUCCCUGAGCUUGGAGAACGCCAAGGAUGCCUUCAACGCCCACAGCCUCACACUCUUGGGAAAUGAGGAUUCUCCUUCUUGGCUUCCGCUGUAUGGCACCAUGUGCUGCCGCCUGGUUGCUCAGCCGGACUGCAUGACCCAGGAUGCCAUGACCGGAUUUCUUAAUGAACAGCCAUCGGGGGGCGUCCCAGGGGAGACUUGGAGGCGGCGAUACUGUGUGCUGAGAGGGGGACAGCUGCUCUGCUUCUCUGCCCCCAAAGAAAGAGAGGCCGAUGCGGAGCCGGCCUUGUCCGUUCCCAUCAACCGGGAAACUCACAUUCGUCCUGUGGAUGAAGAGGCUGGGAAAAAGGCCAACCUUUUCUCUGUGAUCAACCCUGAGCCUGGCGAGGACACAGCUCGGAUUUUCCAAGCAGAAAGCCAGCAGGAUCUUUGCAAGUGGAUGGAAGCGUUCUCGCAGCACUUUUUUGAUUUCAGUCAGUGGAAGCACUGCUGUGAAGAGUUCAUGAGGAUGGAGACGGGGUCCCCUCAAAAGCCACCCCUGUUCUUGGCCAAAGAAGCCACUUCGGUUUACCAAGAGCUGAGCAUUGAUUCACCAGUGAAACCUGACCCUUUAGUUGCCACGGCUCAGCGUGAGGAGGAGGAGGAAAGCAGGGCAGCCUUGUUCGUUGGCCCGGAUGAGGCGGACGUGUCCAGUGGUUCUUCUCUGAAGCGGAGUGAGAGCAGCCCUCGAAGAAGCCGUGACUCUGAGGGGACAAGCAAAGGAAGGGAGCCCUCUUCCAGGCCCUGAUCUGACUCUCCGUAGCCCUGCGCCCAGAGGGAGGCCUCCAAACCACAGCCUCCUGCAUGCUGGCACAGCUCCUGCGGCCCCCCUCCCUCUCUCCAUCCCUCCUUCUCUCUCUCUCUCUCUCCCUCCGCCCUUCUCCCUCUCUCUCCCUCCCUCUCUCCCUCCCUCCCCCCUCUCUCCCUCCUGCUCUCUCUUUUUAGUGAAGAUACAAAUUGGCCGCAUCCUUAAGCCCAGGAAAUACCGCAAGGGCUCAAGCGAUUCUCCUCUCCAGAACCUUUUUUAUAUAACCUUUUUAAACAAAGCCAUAUUUUAACUCAUCUGUGGGGACGUGAGAGGAAAGCAGCUUCACUUUGCAAAGGCCUCCCGCAGAGCUGAUCAGGGGCCCCAGAUGUUGGGGUUGAGCUCACCUGGCAAAUGAACAUCUAUCUGCACAGAUUCGUCUUCUGAUCCAUUAUCUAAAAGAUCCUCUGGUUUAAUGAGUGCAUGGAUCUUUCAGAGCUGCUCGUUUGCUAGGUUGGAUCUACUACUUAAACAGGACAAGCUGUUCCCACCAUUAAUAUGGUGGGACGGAAGAGCUAAUUGGCAAAGCUCAGCUCAGGGGCCCCCUCCCUGCUUUUGUCAAAGCCCCCAUCUGAAUUAAAUUUCUACAAGCUAAAAGGCUGUAUCAUUUUUUAGGUAAAAUACUAAUGUCCCUCCGAAUAAUUUCCGCAGCCAGUAGUAGAAGAUUGGAUGGGUUUAUAUUAGGAAGAAUUGGAUGCUGCAUUCUAAACAGAAUCGAAAGAGAUAAUUUAGGUGAAAAUUAAAAUUAAGAGGCGAGGUGGCGCAGUGGUUAGAGCGCUGUACUGCAGCUACUUCAGCUGACUGCUAGUUCAGCAGAUCAGCGGAUCAAAUCUCACCGGCUCAAGGUUGAUUCAGCCUUCCAUCCUUCCGAGGUGGGUAAAAUGAGGACCCAGAUUGUUGGGGGCAAUAUCCUAUUUAGUAUACUGUCUUUGGUGUAAGCCACCCAGAGUUCUCGGAGAGUGGGCGGCAUAGAAAUACAAAUAAUAAUAAUAAUAAUAAUAAUAAUAAUAAUAAUAAUAAUAAUAAUAAUAAUAAUAAUAAUAUCAGAGCUUUUUUUCUGCUGACUGAAACUGGUACAAAUGUAAAGGUACUUCUCUCAAAUAUCUUCUUUUUAAGGCCUCUAAUUUCCACAAGUCUGACUUUAUCAGAGGAACAGCUCUUGGUUGGUUACGGACCACACACCUGUGGAGCAAAGGAAAACAAGGACUUUUAGCUGUUAGCACAGUAGUUCAUGGCUGCUCAUCAAGUUGUAUUUUCUGUGUGUAUUUAUUAUUUUUAUUGUAGUGUAUGAGAUGCGUUACAUACUGUGGAGGUUCGUGUCUGUUUUUUUUAAACUAGUGUGUUUUUUCAAAAUAAAUAAAUAAAUAAAGGAA